CCGGGGAUGACAAAGAGAAAAGGAUACAGAGACUGGAGAUGGCAGGCGCUUUGGUGGCUUCAUUUCUUUCCCUUGUGGAGUACAAUAGAUGGACAGACUCGUUACAGCAUCCCGGAGGAGCUGGAGCGAGGUUCUAUGGUUGGAAAUCUAGCCAAAGAUCUGGGUCUGGGACUCUCAGACAUUUUUGAUCGUAAGCUGCGUGUUGCCUCUGAGGCUGGUAAGCAGUAUUUCAGUGUGGAUGCGGGGAAGGGCGAGCUGGUGGUGAAUGACAGGAUAGACAGAGAGGCUUUAUGUGGACAGAGCGCCAACUGUGUUCUACCUCUGCAGGUUGUUAUUGAAAAACCACUUCAGUUACAUCGGAUUGAGGUGGAAAUCAGGGACGUUAAUGACAAUGCUCCCAGUUUUCUCAAAAACGAACAUGUCAUAGAGAUAGCUGAAUCCACCGUUGUAGGUGUGCGUUUUCCCUUGGAGACCGCUGAGGAUCCGGACGUAGGAAAUAACGGCUUAAAGACCUACACAUUAAGUAAAGAUGAAUGCUUUACUUUAAAAGUUAAAGAAAUUGAAAAUGGACGAAAAAUACCGGAGCUUGUAUUAAAUAAGUCCUUAGAUCGCGAGAAAAAAGCAACUCACAACUUAUUUCUUACUGCUAUGGACGGAGGAAAUCCGGCUAAGUCUGGCACUUCAAAGAUAAUUGUCAACGUUCUUGAUAAUAAUGAUAAUGUGCCAGUAUUUGAACAACCUUUUUAUAAAGUUUCUGUUCAAGAAAACAAUUCAAAUGGUUCUUUUGUAAUUACAACGAAAGCCACCGACAUAGAUGAAGGUCCAAAUGGAGAAAUUGAGUACUCACUCGGCAUACACACACCCCCAUCAGUGCUGUCAUUGUUUCAUAUAGAUCCUUUAACGGGGGAUAUAUUUUUGAAAAAUCAUCUGGACCAUGAAGCACAAACCUCAUAUCGAAUAGACAUUAGUGCAAAAGACAAAGGCCUCCCAAAAAUGGAGGGUCACUGCAGCGUGCAGGUGGAUGUUAUAGAUGUAAAUGAUAACGCCCCUGAGAUUGUAAUGACUUCCAAACCAUCUUCAGUCUCCGAAGAUUCUCGUAGUGGCACUGUAGUGGCUUUGCUCAGCGUCCGAGACCUUGACUCCGGUGAUAACGGAAAAGUGACCCUGGAAACUCCAAAGCAUUCUCCUUUUACUCUUAAACCGUCAUUUUCUAAUAAUUACGCCCUGGUAACCAGCGGUCCUUUAGACAGAGAGAGUUUCUCAGAGUAUAACAUCGAGAUCACAGCCACUGAUUCAGGCUCUCCUCCUCUGUCCAGUAAGAAAACUAUUCCUGUCAGCAUCACUGAUGUGAAUGACAACCCUCCUGUCUUCACUCAGCCCUCCUAUAAUGUGUAUUUGAAAGAGAAUGGAGUCCCGGGCUCUAUUCUGUACUCGGUGUCAGCAUCUGACCUGGAUUUUGGGGAGAAUGCCAAACUCUCUUACUCUAUCCUGGACUCCAAAGUGCAGGACGUUUCAGUGUCCUCUUAUGUUUACAUCAACUCAGAUAACGGCAGCAUCUACAGCAUGCACUCGUUUGACUAUGAGAAACUGAAGGUGUUUGAGAUUCCGGUCCAGGCCAGGGACCAGGGCUCUCCGUCUCUGAGCAGCAACGCCACAGUCCAUGUUUUUAUCCUGGACCAGAACGACAAUGCCCCCGCUGUGAUCUACCCGUCCUCCGCUGCCCUGGGCUCCCUGUCUCAUCAGAGGAUGCCCCGCUCCGCGAAGGCGGGUCACCUGGUUACCAAGGUGACGGCCGUGGACGCAGACUCGGGCCACAACGCGUGGAUCUCCUACAAGGUGUCGGAGGCCACGGACGCGUCUCUGUUCAGUGUCAAUCUGUACACAGGGGAGGUGAGGACUAAACGCGCUGUGUCCGAGCAGGACGACUCCUCCCAGAGACUGCUCAUAGAGAUCAAGGACGACGGGGAGCCGGUCCAGUCGGCCACCGUCACGGUGUCCAUCCUGCUGGAGGACGGCCUCCACGAGCCCAUCUUGGACCUGCGACAGAAGGCGACCGAGCCGAGCAAGAAAAACGGCAGAAUCACCCUUUAUCUGAUCCUGUCUCUGGCCUCGGUGUCCGUGCUGUCUCUGGUGACGUUUCUGGUCCUGAUGGUGAAAUGCAUGAGGAACAGCAGGAGCAGCGCGAGCUGCUGCACCAGACGCAGCGACUGUGACGAUUACAAGAACCCCAACAGAAACCUGCAGAUUCAGCUCAACACUGAUGGACCCAUAAAGUACGUGGAGGUCCUGGGAGGAGACAUGUUGUCUCAGAGUCAGUCGUUCAGGUCCUGUAUGUCCCCCAUGUCAGAGUACAGUGAUUUCACUCUGAUCAAACCCAGCAGCACCAGUGACUUCAAGGAGGUCAUCAGUGUCCUGGAUGCGUCAUUGCCCGACAGCACCUGGACCUUUGAGAGCCAGCAGAUAACGGCAGCAUCUACAGCAUGCACUCGUUUGACUAUGAGAAACUGAAGGUGUUUGAGAUUCCGGUCCAGGCCAGGGACCAGGGCUCUCCGUCCCUGAGCAGCAACGCCACAGUCCAUGUUUUUAUCCUGGACCAGAACGACAAUGCCCCCGCUGUGAUCUACCCGUCCU